AUGGCGUCCACACCCUUGGUCAUCCCGCUGUCAAAGGAAGAGUUGGGCCACCUUCUCACGGCACGGACCGCAUUCCUCGAGCAAGAAUCUUUCUCCAUUCCUGAUUUCGUCAUGGUCAUCAAGCUGCACACAGCUGCGGGUUCAGAGGAGCGGGCCGCUUGGAUUGCACAUGUUAGCAUGCUCUCAAAUGCACAGGAGCAAAGUAUUGUACCUCCCAAUGUGCCCGGCGUUGCCGAUCCGGACGUCCAGGCCAAGCCAAGAAAGAAGAGCAAGAACGCGUCGUUGAACACGUCUUUGAACACGCUUUCAAACGCGUUGACGGGCACGGAUGAUCAACGCACACACGAGAAGAUCCGACAACAGCGCAUCUUGGAUCUCCAAGGCGCGGCGCAGCCAGGGGACAUUGGCCCUUCAUGUACUCCAAAGUCCAAGAAAGCAGGUCGUAAGGGAGACAAGCUGGUCGAUAACUUAGUCAUUGAGGAGGUGGUCUACGCGGACACAGAGAAGACAAAGAAGCAGCAGGUCAUCACGUACUGCAUUGGCUGCAACCACCGUGAAGCCUACCAAAACCCGGGUCGCAUUAGAAAACAUGCCACCCAUGACUGUCCAAAGCUUGCAAAGCUGUUUCCGAGCUAUCACAAGGCUGUGUGCGAAGAGCUGGCUGGAAGAGCCAACGGGAAGGGGCCUCUCCCUCGUGUCCGCAAGAUCACAAAGACUGCGGCAGUGUCUCCGAUUGCACCGCCUGGCUCAAACCCAUCUUCUUCAGAUUUGGCAGAGGAGGGAAUCAAGAUGGAUGUUGACGCGGACGCGCCGAUUGAUCCUAAAGCUGCAGACAUGGAAUUGGGCUCAGGCACACACCAAGGGACAAUUCUUAAGUAUUACAAGCCCAUCAAGAUGACAGACGUUUGUCAAGCAGCGAUUGAUCUUGCGCUGUUCCAACUCAUCAUCUGCGCGGCCCUUCCCUUCUCGUUUGUCGGUAACCCAUGGCUUGUCAAUCUCCUGCUUGUUGCGGUCCCAAACUAUGUGACACCUGAUCGCAGUGCAUUCUUCACACGUCAUCUGGCUGAACAGCUUGCAGCGUUUACUGUACAGCUCAAGGCAUUCCUUCUUCCAUACUGCUACCUGACACUGUCACUUGAUGGGUGGAGUAGCCGUGGCCACGAUGAGAUAUACACAUUUCAUACAACCCUGCCGAGCCGCCGUUCCAACUUCACUCUGGGCCAUGUGUUUGGUACUGUGUCCACAACCGCUGAUGCGCUUGUCACGGUUGCAAAGGAGCGCAUUUUCAACAUCUUUGGUGCUCGUGUAUAUAGUGCAGUAGUUACCGAUGGCGCAAGCAAUGUGCGGUCAAUGUGGAAAGAAAUUGCACGCAAAUUCCCAUGGAUUCUCAACAUCUAUGACCCCUGCCAUUUGCUGAAUCUAUUUCUGAAAGAUAUCGGGAAGCUCUUCAAAGCGGAGCUCAGUCUCGUAUCGGGCAUCUGCAAUUACUUUGCUCAUUCAAACAUUGCAAUGCAAACACUGGCAGCCAAACAAGAAUGUCAGAACAUCAAGACCGGCCUCAAAUCCGCCUCGGAUACUCGAUUUGGGACAUCGUUCAUACAGACAGUCGCUCUUUGGCUGUGCUUUCCCGCGAUUGUGGCCUGCUAUCUUGCCGGUACUAUUCUAUUCAACACCGCUGCGACUUAA